CAGAUAUAAGGCAGUCGCGGCGGGGCGGCCUCGGUGUAUACCGCCGUUUCCUGCGGCGUUUUCUGUGGUGUCUCCUCUCUCGGGUGCCCUCGGAGCCCGGACCGGAGAGUACCCCCCGCAAGUCAUGUCGACGAAGGCCGUGUGCGUGCUGAAGGGCGACGGCCCCGUGAAGGGCACCAUCUAUUUCGAGCAGAAGGAAAAUGGGACAGUUGUGGUAUCGGGAUGCAUUACAGGAUUGACUGAAGGCCAGCACGGAUUCCAUGUCCAUCAGUUUGGAGAUAAUACACAAGGCUGUACCAGUGCAGGUCCUCACUUUAAUCCUCUAUCCAAAAAACAUGGUGGGCCAGGGGAUCAAGAGAGGCAUGUUGGAGAUCUGGGCAAUGUGACUGCGAACAAAGAUGGUGUGGCUGAUGUGUCUAUUCAAGAUUCUGUGAUCUCACUUUCAGGAGACCAUUCCAUCAUUGGCCGCACUAUGGUGGUCCAUGAAAAAGCAGAUGACUUGGGCAAAGGUGGAAAUGAAGAAAGUACAAAGACGGGAAACGCUGGAAGUCGUUUGGCUUGUGGUGUAAUUGGGAUCGCCCAAUAAACAUUCCCUAGGAUGUGGUCUGAGUCCCAAUAACUCGUCUGUUAUCCUGCUAGCUGUAGAAAAUAAACAUUAAACACUGUAAUCUUAAAAA